CUCCUGAUGACAAUAUCCAUCAACCAUCGUUGUAAGCGUUGGCAACAUGCCGGGUUGAAUACAUUCCAACUGGUAUAUAUGCGCACAUUUGUUGUUAUCUGCUAGGGUAUCUAAGGUACCUUACAUCAGGGCCAGUGGUGGGGGAGGGGCAUCACUUGUCUCACGACCAAGUCAGAGACUCGUCUUUGGAACACUCAUGCUCUUCAACUUUCAAAUAUGACGGAACGCAAGUCAAUGAUAGUCGGUAUCUCCGGAUGCUCAUCCUGCGGAAAGACCACCCUCGCCCGCAUACUUCGAGAUGUCUUCCCCAACACCUUCAUCUUGCAUCAAGAUGAUUUCUACAAAGAGGAGAAGGAUCUCCCUACAAAGAAUGGAUUGCUAGACUGGGACUGUGCUGGCGCAAUCGAUGUGCCUGGCAUGGCAGAGUCCCUCGCUUACAUCCGGCAGAAUGCAGCCUUUCCGCCACAUCUCGAGUCAAAGGAGGACCAGAACUCGAUCGGCGAAUGCCCCGUGUCGGAUUCCGCCAUAGCCGCCCUCAAGUCGAGCGUUGACUCAUCCAUCCCACCGGAUCAUCCCUUGCGCACCGGGGCACUAUCUCUCUGUCUCUUGGAUGGGUUUCUCCUUUACCCGCCAUCCAUGUCCCCCAUUCACCCUUAUCUUGACAUCAAGAUCUUUCUGCGAACAACGUAUGAGAAAGCCAAGAUGCGAAGAGAACGAAGGGAUGGCUACGUUACGAUCGAGGGAUUUUGGAGUGACCCACCAGGAUAUGUUGACAAGAUUGUCUGGCCUAACUAUGUGGAAGAGCAUGCGUGGAUGUUUGAGAACGGCGACGUAGAGCACCAGUUCAAGGAGGACGCUUUGGCAAAAGAAAACAUUCGCGUGGAAAAGGGUGCGGGUGCUGACAGAGACUUGGAGAGCACUCUGAAAUGGGCGGCCAAUGUGGUGCUUGACGAAUUGAAAAAGAGCCAAGUCUGAGUAGUUUUGAUAUAA